AUGGGCAAAAGAAAAAUAAGUGAUAUCAAGAACGAGGCAAAACCCUCCAAGUUCAACUCAAAGGAAUAUAGUAACGGUCAUUCUAAUGGGACACAUUUAAAUUCCAAUACUUCAAAGAAAAGUGAACAAGUAACAGAAAAGUCAGAGGAAACAGUAGUAAACGAUGAAUUAAAGAAAAAUGGCGAUGAAAGUGAAGAAGAGGAUGUUGAUGAUGAUGAAGAAGACGAAGAAGAAGAAGAAAUAGAAAAUUCCGAACCAAAACCAAAAAAAGCUAAAAAGGAAAAUUUAACAGCACAAGAAAUAAGAAUAGCUAGAGAAACUGCUGAACUAUUCAAGUCAAACAUCUUUAAACUUCAAAUAGACGAGUUAUUAAAGGAAUUGAAAGUAAAGAAAAGCCAUGAGGAAAAAAUGGAAAAAGUAUUAAGAAGAUUACACGAUUUAAUAAAACAAAUACCUAUAAUUGAAAAUUUAUCUUUAUCUCAAGCAGAAAAUUUAUUUAAUCCAAAAAAAAUUGUAAUCCCAUUUCCAGAUCCAAAGCCAACCAAUGUGAAAUAUACUUUUUCAUAUCUACCACCAGAAGAUUUAUCAUUAGUAGGAUCGUAUGGGUUGAAAACUGGUAUAAAUCAAGGACUGAGUAUAGAAGUCGCCAUGACCAUGCCGUCAAGCUUAUUCCAACCUAAAGACUAUUUAAAUUACAGAGCUUUAUACAAAAGAUCAUUUUAUUUGGCAUAUGUAGCUGAACAUUUGAUAAGUUUAACAAAAAAGAAUAAUUUACCAGUUAAAAUCGUUUACCAUUAUCUAAAUGAAGACAUAUUAAAUCCUGUACUAAAUAUUGAAAGUAUUCAAACCGAAAACAAAGACGACUUAUCAUUUUAUAAAAUAAAGUAUACCAUAAAUUUACUAGCAGCAUUUCCAUUUGCCUUUUUUGAUGGGAAAAAAUUACUACCUGAUAAAAAUUGUAUCAGAGUAUCAAAUAAUAUAGAGGAACAACCACCAACCACUUUGUAUAAUUCAAGCAUUUUAACCCAAUCUUCAUAUGAUUAUUAUUUAAAGUAUCUAUAUACAAUGAAGAAAGCAACAGAAGCGUUCAAAGAUGCAUGUAUAUUAGGAAGACUUUGGCUACAACAAAGAGGAUUUGCAUCAUCAUUUAGUAAAGGAGGUUUUGGACAUUUCGAAUUUGCAAUACUACUUGGUGCACUUCUACAAGGUGGAGGAGUAAAUAGCAACAAAAUUUUAUUACAUGGUUUCUCAUCAUAUCAAUUAUUUAAAGGGGCUAUACAAUAUUUGGCAACAAUGGAUUUAAAUAAGGGAUAUUUGUCAUUUUCGUCUUUAAUUGGAGAAGAAAUUCCUUCAAAAUAUAAACCAGAUGGAUUUAAUGUUCCCACAAUAUUUGAUAAAAAUACAAAAUUAAAUAUACUAUAUAAAAUGACUACUGCAUCCUAUGAAGAACUUAGAUCAAAGGCAAAUCAAACUUUGGAGUUGUUGAAUGAUGUGAUUAAAGAUCGUUUUGAUGCCAUUUUACUUCAAAAAUCCACACAACCAAACCUUAAAUACGAUUUAGUUUUAACAUUAUCCGUGCCUGAUGAAAUACUUGAUAGUUUUGGGGCUUUUGAAAAAAUCACAUUCAUAACAUUUAAUAAUUAUUUUAAACAUAAAUUAUACAAUUUAAUCAAAACAGCGUUGGGAGAAAGAGCAACAUUGAUAAGAAUAGAAAAUCAAAAAGUUAAUAGUACAUUCCCAAUUCAAAAAAGAAAACCAAUUAGUGCUGGAUUAACCUUUAAUAUCGGAUUGCAAUUAAACUCUGAAGAAUCAGAUAAAUUAGUUACAAAAGGUCCAAAUAAUGAAGACAAAGAAAAUGGAGCAAAAUUUAGAUCAUUUUGGGGUUCAAAAGCUACUUUAAGAAGGUUUAAAGAUGGUUCAAUACAAAAUUGUGUUGUUUGGCCUUCAUCAGAUAGAGAGCCAAUAGUUGUGUCUAUAAUCAAAUACGUUUUGGAUUUACAUGUCCAUACAGACUUAUCUCAAUCACUUCAUACAGAAUGUGGACUUUUUGAUAAAAUAUUACCACUUUCAUUACUACCAACCGCAUCAAAUCAAACAAUCAAUUCAUUGCAUAGUUUUUCAAUAUUAAGAGGCUCAUUCGAAAGUCUAAGCAAGACUUUAAUGAAUCUUGACUUACCAUUAAGUGUCAAAUCAAUUAUGCCGGCAUCUUCUUCUUUAAGAUAUUCAUCAGUUUUACAACCUGUACCAUUUGCUGUUUCAAAUCCUGAUUUCUGGAAUGAUUGUGUACUUCAAUUUGAAAUAUCAAGUAGAUGGCCAGAUGAAUUAAUAGCAUUAGAGAAGACUAAAACUGCGUUUUUAUUGAAAAUGGCUGAAUUGUUAAAAGAUACUAAUUACACAACAACGAUUGUAAAUGAUGAUGCAAUUCCAUUCAAUAAAGAUGUAAAAUCUCUUAAUAUAUUAACACCAGAGGGUUUUGGAUUCAGAAUAAGAAUUUUGACAGAAAGAGACGAAUUAUUAUAUUUAAGAGCUGUUUCAAAUGCCGAGAGUCAGAAAUCAAUUGCUCAAAAUGUUUAUUUAUCAUUUGUAAGAAAUUAUCAAGCAUCAGUUAAACAUACUAGAACCGUUACACUGUUAGCACAACAUUUUCAUUAUUAUUCACCAACUGUAAGAUUAUUUAAACAAUGGUUAGAUUCACAAUUAUUAUUGAACCAUUUCACAGAUGAAUUAAUAGAGUUGUUAGUAUUGAAAUCAUUUGUUGAUUCAGCCCCAUAUUCUAUUCCACAUUCAGUUGAAAAUGGAUUUUUACAAGUACUUUCAUUUUUAGCACAUUGGAACUGGAAAGAAGUACCAGUAAUUCUUGACUUAGUUAAAAGUAAUGCAAUAGAUGACGGAAUUCAUAGUGAUAAAUUAAGUAUACAAACUUAUAGAAUUAUAGAAGAGAACUUCAAUAAAAUUAGACAAUCAGAUCCAUCAGCUAUCAAAACUCAAUUUUUUAUUGGUUCAAAAGAUGAUCCUUCUGGUAUUUUGUGGUCAAGUGAUUUAACAUUACCCAUAGCAACAAGAUUAACUGCAUUAUCAAGAGCAACAAUGAACUUAUUUUUAUCACAAGGUAUAAAUGAAUCUUCAUUAAAAUUAAUUUUUCAACCUGCAUUAAAAGAUUAUGAUUUUGUUAUAAAAGUAAAAUCUCAAAAUUUGACUAUUUCAUCAGGGAUAUUACCACCAAAUACUUUCAAGAAUUUAAUUCAACCAUUAACUUCAUUCCCAGAAGAUAUAACUUCGAAAUACGAUUUAUCUCAAUUAUAUACAGAAAAAUUGAAUGAAUAUUAUGGAAACAAUAUCAUCUUUUCCAGUAAAAAAUUCAUAUGUUUAAAUAAUACAACAAAAGAUGAAAAUGAGAACCUUAUAGGUGGAUUAUUUGUUCCUUCAAGUUUAACAAAGAAAAAAUUUAGAGUUAAUUUAGGUAUGAAUAUAAAACCUUUGGAUGAUGAUAAUAAUAAUAAUGAAAAUAAAGAUGAUGUUAAAUUGAAUAAAGGUGCGAUUUAUGAUCAAAUGAAAUUAUUGGGUGGUGAAUUAGUUACUGAUUUGAGUAUUAGAAAGUGA